AUGUUGGACAUUAUUCCCCAGGAACAAAAUCGUAAUUCACAUUUUGUGUCCGACGGGGGGACGGACCAUAGACCGGAAGUGUUGUGCCUGGUAUGCGGAGACAAGGCUUCCGGGAAGCACUACGGCGUGCAGAGCUGUGACGGCUGUCGGGGGUUCUUCAAACGAAGCAUCCGCCGGAACCUGGCAUAUGUGUGCAAGGAGAACGGAUGUUGCGUGGUGAACGUUUCCCGCCGGAACCAGUGCCAGGCGUGCCGCUUUAACAAAUGCCUCAACGUGAAAAUGAACAAAGAUGCAGUUCAACACGAGAGGGCGCCCCGCUGUUACCAGUUCCGGCGCGAGGAGAGCAAGCGCUUAGAAGAGGAAAGACAGUCACCAUAUCCGUACGGGGAAUACCUUGCUAAAACAAGAGCAGCCUACCGCAGUGGAAACCACUACAAUGGUCAGAUUGCGUUCGCUCCCGCCAUGUAUAAUGCGAACAUCGUGUCGCCCGUGCAACCGAUCAGCGUAGACACACGUCCAGCAUAUUUCCGCCCUAUCGCACCGAAGCCGCAGAUACACAUUCAAGGAUUCCAAGAAAAUCUGCCUGGUAGUCUUCGGUUGCCCCCGGGGUAUGCGGGUCCAACAUCUACCCCUCUUUCGCCAACCAGCCAGACGUACUCACAUCCAUACGUACAAUAUAGCAGCGACAAUCUUGACAAAGCAAGGCACGCAAACAUCAGUUUUACCACACCCGUAUUCCAGCAAAGCUUCCCUCUCAUCGCAGAUGCUAGAACCUUUCGGAUAGCAGACGAAACACUGAUUCAGAAAAUAUCAGGGUUACAAAGUCCGUCUGCUCCGACUAGUACCGGAACAAGCGGCCAUUCUUCGGCAGUUUCCGGCAAGAGUGAUUUAUCAGUCGAGAUGAAGACGGAACAGCACGAAGAUAGCGGCGGAGAUCAGUCACGUGACACAAGUAUGUCCGAAGGCACUUCCUCGCCGGAGUCAGGGAAGUUGCUAAGCGUGGAUGUCGAGGAGGAAACAGAAGCUGCAGACGGAAACCCCUCGGGAAUUCAGUUGUUCAGUUUGAAUGUUGCCGCCCCUCGUCCCUCUCGUCCGGAGUCACGUCCAUCUCGUCCGGAGUCACGAGGCCAUGUCCCUAAGCUCGUGGCUAGUAACCUGCUCUUCAACACGACAACCCUGAGCCAAUCAUGUAACACGAACUAUCGUCUGGCUAAUCUGCCGUUUGCGCAGGUCACAGCGCCGUUUGUGCAGGUCACAGCGCCCUUUGCGCAGGUCACCGCGCAGGUCACAGCGCAGGUCUCCACGCCCUUUUCUCAGUCAAUCGCGCAAACAAAUGCGCUUCAGCGAUCUCCAACAGAAAACACAUGUGAAACUGCGGCGAAACUGUUAUUUAUGAUGAUCAAAUGGGCGAGGAACAUUCCGCCGUUUCUGUCCCUGCCGUUCAGCGACCAGGCCAUACUGCUUGAGGAAAGCUGGAGCGAGCUGUUCAUCCUCUUUGCUGCACAAUGGUCACUGCCGAUUGAAGUUGGUGCGUUGAUGUCCACGCUUGGAUGCCCACCCACUGACCAAUCAGAACGUGCGUUACAUUUGAUGACAGAACUUCGAGCACUUAAUAAUCUCAUCAAUCGAUUUGCUGCCAUGAGAGUGGACCCGACCGAAUACGCCUGUUUGAAAGCACUUGUCUUGUUUAAGCCGGAGGUCAAGGGUCUACGGAAUACCAUACAAGUUGAUCUGGUACAGGACCAAUCACAAGGCCUGUUCAGUGAAUACUGCUUCACAAACCAUCCGACAGGGAAGAUUCGAUUCGGCAAAUUGUUGUUGCUUCUUCCGGCAUUGAGAGAUACGCAUGCGCGAUGCCUAGAAGAGGUCUUCUUUCGGCGCACAAUUGGAGAUAUCGCAAUAGAACGGCUGUUGUGCGACAUGUUCAAGUCUGGUUAA